AUGGAUGGAGCCGGUGGCAAGGCCUUCUGUGCAGGUGGGGACGUGCAGAUGAUCCGCGAGGAGGGUCUGGCUGGCGGCUCCCUCCCGGCGGAUUUCUUCUUCGAGGAGUACGGUAUUGUGUUCAGACUGGCGACGCUCUUCGAUCGAACAGGCUGCUGUCAAGUGAGCCUUUUUGAUGGAAUCACAAUGGGCGGUGGUGUCGGGCUUUCCACGCACGGCCCGUUUCGCAUCGUCACGGAGAAGACACGUUUUGCCUGGCCCUCGUUGUUCUUUUGA